AUGAAGUUCACCAUCGUCGCCUCUGCCCUCGCCAUGGCUGUCUCUGCUUGUGCCACUGGCACCGGCGGCGGCCAGGCUGGUGGCUCUUGCAACGCCAACACCAAGCAGGUCUGCUGCAACGGCCUUCUCAACUGCGCUGUCCAGGUCCUCGGCAAGAACUGCGACGGCAGUGCCUACUGCUGCAAGACUGACGCCCCUGUCGGCGCUCUUGUCAACGUUGCCCUUCUCAACUGUGUCGACCUUCUGUAG